AUGUUUCUCCUUAUAACAUACUCUCCACAUCCUUGCUCUCCCCACGGCCAGAAUCCACAUAUCCUACUUCAAAUCAAACCCUUCGACUGCUUCUUUCCGUUCUAAAAAGUCCUUCCUGCUUCCUUUCUUCUCUUCUUUCCAAGAGUCGUGUUUCAAAUCAAACACCACAAGAAUAGACCAUUUUCUUUGAGAAUUAAUUUCUUGGGAAAAUGGAUACCAAGAUUGGAUCUUUGGAUUCAAGCAACCCCGCCAAAACUGACGUCGGUGGCCCACCUGGCCCCACUUUUGUGUCCACCAUCCAGAACUCCGUCCACCCAUCGUCCAUCGCGAUGCCGGAUGCCACUCUAGGCAGCCACAUCGCGCGCCGCCUCGUCCAGGUUGGCGUUACUGACGUCUUCACCGUCCCCGGCGACUUCAAUCUCACCCUUCUCGAUCACCUGAUUGCAGAGCCAGGCCUCACCAACAUCGGCUGCUGCAACGAGCUCAACGCCGGGUACGCUGCAGAUGGUUACGCUCGGUCCCGAGGUGUCGGGGCAUGUGUUGUGACGUUCACUGUCGGCGGCCUCAGCAUCCUCAACGCCAUCGCUGGCGCCUACAGUGAGAACCUUCCGGUCAUCUGCAUCGUGGGCGGACCCAACUCAAACGACUAUGGGACGAACCGGAUCCUCCACCACACGAUCGGGCUGCCUGACUUCAGCCAAGAGCUUCGAUGCUUCCAGACGGUCACGUGUUAUCAAGCGGUCGUCAACAAUCUGGAGGACGCCCAUGAAUUGAUCGACACUGCCAUCUCGACCGCUCUCAAGGAAAGCAAGCCUGUCUAUAUAAGCAUUGGCUGCAAUCUGCCGGCGAUCCCCCAUCCGACAUUCAGUCGGGAGCCCGUUCCGUUCGUCCUCGCUCCCAAACUGAGCAAUCAGAUGGGACUGGAAGCCGCUGUGGAAGCCACCGCCGAGUUCUUGAACAAUGCAGUGAAGCCAGUCAUGGUUGGUGGGCCCAAACUCCGCGUUGCGAAGGCCGGGCAAGCGUUCACGGAGCUGGCUGAUGCCUGUGGAUAUCCAAUCGCCGUGAUGCCGUCUGCGAAAGGGAUGGUGCCAGAGCACCACCCGCGGUUCAUUGGCACAUAUUGGGGUGCAGUCAGCACUGCUUUCUGCUCAGAGAUUGUGGAAUCAGCCGACGCCUACCUGUUUGCAGGGCCCAUCUUCAAUGACUACAGCUCGGUGGGGUACUCGCUUCUCCUCAAGAAGGAUAAGGCCAUUAUUGUGCAGCCCGAACGGGUGGUGAUUGCCAACGGGCCUACAUUUGGGUGCAUCCUGAUGAAGGACUUCUUCCAUGCAUUGGCCAAGAGGCUUAAGCGGAACACGACUGCUUAUGAGAACUACCAUCGGAUCUUUGUCCCAGAUGGGGUCCCACUCAAGGCGCAGCCCAAGGAGGCUUUGAGGGUGAACAUCCUGUUCAAGCACAUACAGGCUAUGUUGUCGGGAGAUAUGGCCGUGAUCGCUGAGACAGGUGAUUCAUGGUUCAACUGCCAGAAGCUGAAGCUGCCAGAGGGAUGUGGGUAUGAAUUCCAAAUGCAGUAUGGAUCGAUUGGAUGGUCAGUGGGAGCGACACUGGGUUAUGCACAGGCUGCAAAGAAUAAGCGGGUGAUCGCUUGCAUUGGCGACGGAAGCUUUCAGGUGACGGCCCAAGACGUGUCAACAAUGCUGAGGUGUGAGCAGAAUACCAUAAUCUUCCUGAUAAACAAUGGGGGAUACACCAUCGAAGUUGAGAUCCAUGAUGGCCCGUACAACGUCAUCAAGAACUGGAACUACACUGCAUUGAUUGACGCCAUCCACAAUGGUGAAGGCAAAUGUUGGACAGCCAAGGUCCGUUGCGAGCAGGAACUGGAAGAAGCAAUUGAGAAGGCGACAGGGCCCAUGAAGAACUGCUUGUGCUUCAUCGAGGUGAUCGUGCACAAGGACGACACUAGCAAAGAACUGUUGGAGUGGGGAUCGAGGGUGUCUGCAGCCAACAGCCGACCGCCAAAUCCUCAGUAAUCCAACACCAUCGGAUCUGAGUCUGCAGCCAACAGCCGACGGUCAAAUCCUCAGUAAUCUGGCUGGUCGGAUAGGGUCCUAUAAUAAUGCUUUAGUUAGAGCUUCUUUCUCAGUUUGGUUGAAUACAUGAGGCACGUUUGUUUAUUCCGUACCUUCUUUUCUUGAUUGUCCGACUGCUUAGGCACUUUAAGCUUUCAUUAAUUCUUUAAAUAGCUUUCGUGCUUGUGAUAA